CCCACCGACCCACCUCUAUCAUUUUCACUAGAAAUGCUUACGCAAAUGCAGAAUGCAGAUUUUCAAAGAAAAACCCCUCUUCUCUCUCUCCCUCUCUCUAGUUUCUCUCUCUAAAGUCCUCUACUGAGUCAGCCAUGGCGUUUCCGUACAUGGAAGCCGUUGUUGGUUUUAUGAUUUUAAUGUAUAUCUUUGAAACUUAUCUUGAUUUGCGUCAACAUGCUGCUCUCAAAUUACCAACACUUCCUAGAACCUUGGAAGGAGUUAUCAGCCAAGAAAAAUUUGAGAAGUCUCGAGCCUAUAGUCUUGAUAAAAGCCACUUCCAUUUUGUUCAUGAGUGCGUUACUAUAUUAAUGGACUCUGCAAUUUUGUUCUUUGGAGUAUUGCCUUGGUUUUGGAAGAAAUCAGGAGACUUUCUAGUGGUAGUUGGCUUAAAUGCAGAGAAUGAGAUACUGCAUACCCUUGCGUUCUUAGCUGGUGUUAUGAUUUGGUCACAGAUUACUGAUUUGCCAUUUUCUCUAUACUCAACUUUUGUGAUUGAGGCCCGCCAUGGUUUCAACAAACAAACAAUUUGGUUAUUCUUUAGGGACAUGUUCAAAGGAAUUGGGUUAUCCAUUUUACUUGGGCCACCCAUCGUGGCUGCAAUCAUUGUUAUAGUACAGAAAGGAGGUCCUUAUUUGGCCAUCUAUCUUUGGGGAUUUAUGUUUAUUCUGUCUAUUGUGAUGAUGACACUGUAUCCUAUUCUAAUAGCCCCACUUUUCAACAAGUUCACCCCACUUCCUGAUGGUGAGCUCAGGGAAAGAAUUGAGAAACUUGCUUCGUCCCUUAAGUUUCCCUUAAAGAAGUUGUUCGUUGUUGAUGGAUCUACAAGGUCAAGCCAUAGCAAUGCCUAUAUGUAUGGAUUCUUUAACAACAAGCGGAUAGUCCUCUAUGACACAUUGAUUCAGCAGUGCAAAAAAGAGGAAGAAGUUGUUGCUGUUAUAGCCCAUGAACUGGGGCAUUGGAAACUUAAUCAUACAAUGUACUCUUUCAUUGCUGUGCAGAUUCUUACAUUCUUGCAAUUUGGAGGAUAUACACUUGUGAGGAACUCGGGUGACCUGUUUCAAAGUUUUGGAUUUGAUACACAGCCAGUUCUCAUUGGCCUCAUCAUAUUUCAGCAUACUGUGAUACCUCUCCAGCACCUUGUAAGCUUUGGUCUUAAUCUUGUGAGCCGAUCUUUUGAAUUUCAGGCUGAUGCUUUUGCUAAAAAGCUUGGUUAUGCUGCAGCACUUCGAGCUGGACUUGUGAAACUGCAGGAAGAAAAUUUGUCGGCUAUGAAUACAGAUCCAUGGUACUCAGCUUACCACUAUUCACAUCCUCCACUUGUUGAAAGAUUGGCUGCACUUGAUGAACCCGACAAGAAAGAAGAUUAAAGAGACAAGGCCUCAAUGCAGACGGUGAAAGUUAAUUUCAUCCUUCAAUCUGGAGCAUUGCGAGUACGAGAAUGAAUCCAUCGCUGUAGUAUUACUUUUUUUGCCAUAUGAUUCACAUCCAAACCCACAUUCCCCCACUUCUGUUUACUGAUGGUUCCAUGCCCACGGCAGGAUUCAGUUCACAUGUAAUCAUGGAGAGGAGUGGGGAAAAAGACACAAAAAGAAGAGCAAAAUCCGAAAUUAAACUGGAGGUUAUAUUAGUUUUGUGUGGGUGUUUUAACAGUCAUACGUGCCAUGCUGUACUUUUUAUGCACUACUACCUGGUUAUAAACUUAUAUAAUGCGUUCAAAAUUCAUGAUUCUCA